UGUAAAUCUUCUGAAGAACAAAUCACCCUCCACUGACUCUGGGCUUGGACGGUUUCGUCAACCUCGAACAUCAACCAGCUUGAAACCGUCGUCACUCUUGCGAAUGGUCUCUUGAUUGACUCUCCCUGCUGUCACGCCCGUUCUCUUGCCACGAUAUCCUGUAUUUCUUCCUUCAUUUUUAGCUCAGACCCUAGAUGACGAACCGCCAGCUGUCCCUUACAGGCGCUCGCUCCCCCGCGUAAACCAAAACCAAUGUCGUGGGACUUGCUUCAGAGGUUCCUCGAGUCCGACGUCUUCAACUCCAACCCCUUUCUCCCCGUCUCAUACCUCUCGUGAGUCUCCUACAAACCCCUGCACGUCCUACAGAAGCCGCCGAUACUGGUCGCCAUACACAUUUGUUAUGCCUCUUCAUUCUCGCUUCUUCCGCCCUCUCCGACGUCGCCAAUCGCUAAUGCCACCUGUCGCAACAGCCGAUAUGCCGACCACGUGGGGAUUCACUAUGUUCUCUGCCAGAAGCUCCGCCAGUUUCCCUACGAGGAUAUUGAGUUCUUUCUACCGCAAUUAUGUCACCUCAUAAUCAGCGUGCAUAAUGAGUCAAUGGCUUUGGAAGAGUUUUUGAUGGACUUGUGCGAAGAAUCCGUCACAGCAGCGCUGCUGACCUUCUGGCUCUUUCAAACAUAUCUUCACGAUCUCUCCUCGAAUCCGCAAUCCGACUCGUUCCAGACAUGUCGCCGUGUCUACAACAAGGUUCAACACAUUGUGUUUGGACUUGCUGAUACCGCUCGUCAUGAGAAGAUCACGGAAAACGUCCUACCAGUCACGGUUCUCUCUAGUUUUGUCCUUGCCAGUAUUGCGCUGCCCAUGUUCCCCCAGUGGGCUGGCCCUCUCGCAGUCGCCCAAGCUCGCAAGCCUCAACCCAUCACCAAUGAAACGCAGGAACCGAAGGAGAACCCCAAGCCCACGAGGGCUCGCACAGUUACCGUCGGAAACUCGCGAUCGCGGCGUGCCCGAGAUAAUGGACGGACCUUUAGUGCACCAGAUCCUAAAGGGUCAAGAGACUCUUCACCCAAGCCUGCGCGCAGUCCUCGACCGCCUUCGGUGAUUAUUCCGCCGCAAAGGUCUAAGACACCAGUUGGGAUGACUCGGCCAUCCGCUCUUGAGCUUAGAUCACUGGAAGCUAAGCUCAGCACGUCAUCUCUUCCACUGCCAUCAGCUCAACCUACUACCAGACCGACGACCCCAAACUCACCAGGUAAUGCGCAGCGCCCGGUUGACAACGCAACCCGACGGCAUUCGCACCACGCAAAAGCAGUCCUUACUGUCAGCGACAUGUCGCCAGUGCAAAAGACGAGACUUUUGAGACAACAUUAUUUCAGGUCACAAACACAAUUCUUGACGGCCCUGGAAGGCAUCUCGAACCGAUUAGUACUGGUCCCCAAACCCGCUCGAAUGAGCGCAUUGCGAGCUGAAUUGGCUUUAAUAUCACAGGACUUACCUGCUGAGAUUGAUAUUCCCGUCAUUUGCCCCCCAACUCUGGUUAAUGGAUCGCCUGGGAAGAGCCGCCAUCACCGUAUCGUUCGUGUGAACCCUGCCGAAGCGACAGUGCUCAAUAGUGCCGAGAAGGUUCCUUAUCUGAUCAUGGUAGAGGUUUUGAGAGACGACUUCUCUUUCGACCCUGACGCGCCCGAAAAUGACCGACUCCUUAACAGCUUACUAGGAGGUAGCGCUCGCGCAAAGCGUAUAUUCGAUCUUUCUGACUCACCUCGCCUCUCCCCCACGGUAAAGGCGCCAGAGCCUCUUCUAGACAGUGUCUUUGAACCUGCUUCGGGCGAUCUGGGAAGCUCGCCACUUUUGAAGGGUAUAGAUGAGUCGCCAGUUAGAGCCUCUUCGAGACCAGCACAGAACCAUACUGCUCAGCGUCUGCCAAGUGGAGCUACAACAUCUUCCUCGACAUUGGAUUUGACAACGCCGCGAUCAUCGGGCACAGGAACCUCGCGAUCUAACAGCCCAGGACCCGUCUCACGAAGAAUGACCAUGCCCAUUCAGCGGAGCGCACCAGCUGACCAGCCUGACUUCGGUGCCUUAGCCACGCAUAUGCGAACUGCUUCUCAGAUGCUUGCACAGCUGGAAGCCACCAGCGGAAAGCGCCCAAAGCAGGAAGUAGCUGCUAUCAGAGCUAAGAUCAUCGCCAGCAUGCAGAGCCUUGAGGAGAAGAGCUUCGAUGUUGACGAGCAAGGCCCAACCUUCGACACAAUUAUCGCUAAAGCCAGCACAACGCCAAUCCCUGUACACAACCCUGACCUGGAGGAAGACGUACAGAUUGACCCGAACCUGAACGCUAGUGCAGGACGUGAGCGUAUGGAGAACGAUAUCAAAACUGGUGGUGUCCAACGGCGUGGAGAUCGUGAUGACCCUAGUGCGGCCGUCUUUGGUGAAGCUUGGGAAGCUAAGAAGGAACGAAUUCGCAAGUCAUCGCCUUAUGGUUGGAUGAAGAAUUGGGAUCUCGUUAGCGUCAUCGUCAAGACAGGAGCUGAUCUUCGACAAGAGGCAUUUGCUUGCCAGCUCAUCGAUGUGUGUCAUAAAAUUUGGGUUGAUGCCGGCACUGAUGUCUGGGUCAAACGUAUGCGAAUCCUAGUAACUGGGGAGUCGUCGGGUCUGAUCGAAACCAUUACGAGUGGCGUGUCCCUCCACUCGCUGAAGCGAAGUCUAACGCUGGCCUCGGUUGAGUCUGGCCAGAACCCUCGUAACCGCAUUGCGACACUGAGAGACCAUUUUCUCAAAGCGUUUGGCAAACCUGAUAGCAAAGAGUUCCAGGCUGGCGUUGAUGCGUUCAAAAAGUCACUGGCAGCAUACAGCAUCAUCUCUUACGUUCUCCAACUCAAGGACAGACACAAUGGCAAUGUCUUGGUGGACAGCGAGGGCCACAUUAUCCAUAUCGACUUUGGCUUUAUGCUUUCCAAUUCGCCUGGCUCAGUUGGGUUUGAGGCGGCGCCAUUCAAGUUGACGCAUGAGUAUGUCGAUGUUUUAGGUGGACCACUUUCUCCUGAUUUUGAAGACUACAAGAGACUUUGCAAGCAAGCAUUCCAAGCUUUGCGUCGCUCGGCAGACAACAUUAUUGACCUGGUAGCGAUGAUGGGACAUGACUCCAGGAUGCCCUGCUUUGCAGUGGGCAUCGCUCAAGUGACGAAUACCCUUCGACAGAGGUUCCAGCUUCAUCUGAGCGCCGAAGAAGCGGAACAUUUUGUUGAUGAUCUCGUUGCCAAAUCAUUUGGCAGUUACUACACUCGACUCUAUGACACAUUCCAAUAUCGUACACAGGGUAUCUACUAGACAAGUUCAACACAGAAAAGACUCGAUAGGCAGGGAGUAGUUGAUUUCAACGCACAAGAGAAAAAUUCAAGAGCUAGGAGUAGCAUUGGGAUAAUUCGGGGGCAUAUGAGAUGGCGUUGCGGAUGAUAGACAUGGCUGAAUAGCCGAAACACUUACUGAUGCGAGUUUUAUAUGACAACUGAUGAUUGCGCAUGGUGAGGAGGAUAGGAAGUGGUGUGGAUUUUCAUUACGGGGUAGAAGGGACGUAGAAUGAGGGGAUGAAUGAAUACUGGAAGACUUCUUAAGGCAGUGCCGACAUACGCAUCCAAGAAUUUUUCUAUCAUGUCCCAGUGACAGCUAUACUUACGACUGCCUUGCUUGCCUUUAUGCAAUACAGACAAGGUUGAUUCAACGUGUAACUCAUGGAUAGACUCGUCACCUACUGACCUCACUUCAGCGCUGACUUUAUAUAAUGACUCCAAGAGCGCC